GCCUUUCAAUCAGAUCAAGAAGAAUUCUUUUUUCUUUCCUGAAGCCCACCAUGUCGAGCGAAUCCAAGGAUGGAAUAUUGGCAGUCAGUGGCAGCCUGCUGGGUUUGUCGACGCUGGUCGUCGGGCUCAGACUGUGCGCUCGCAAGCAGCAGAACGCCAGGUUGAUGACCGACGAUGCACUGGCCGUUCUGAGUCUGGUUGCUUUUGUUGGGACGGCGGCGUGUACUUUUCUCAUGGUCAAACACAAGACUGUCGGGUAUCCCAGUACAGACUUCACUGUAGCGGAAGAAUUAGCAGUAGCUGAAAUCGCAGCCAAGCUCAAUGUCGCCUGGGAUGUGCUCGGCCUCACAAGUCUGGCCUGCAUCAAGCUCAGUGCCCUCUUCUUCUACAGGCGCGUCUUCUGCAUACACGGGUGGCUUGAGGCUCAGUGGUUCAGCAUAGCCACCUUUGUCACCAUUGUGCUCGUGGUCCUAUGGGAUGUUGUCUUCAGCUUCCUGCCCGGUUUCCAGUGUGGUACACACUUUUCCGCUCUUUGGGAUGGCACCUAUGAGACAUACUGCACCAUUUCCUUCCCGUACCUGUACGGCCUCGCCGUGUCCGACUUCCUCCUCGACGUGUGGAUCCUGUUCCUUCCGAUCCCUCGCAUCCUGCAGCUGCACGCGACGGCAUCGCAGAAGUCUGGUUUUAUCGGUGUCUUUGCCCUUGCG